AUGGCGUCUUCAACACAACGACGGGCAUCCGAUGACAUCAUUCCCGUCGUCGACUUCAGCGGCUUCCUUCACGGUACGAAGGAAGAACGGAGCGAAGUAGCGAGACAAAUCGAUGACGCUUUUCGCUCUGUGGGGUUUGUGUAUCUGAAGGGACAUGGCGUGGAAAGCAAAAUAAUAGAAGACGCAUUUGAAGUGUCCAAAGAGUUCUUUGACCUCCCCAUGGAGACGAAAAUGCUCGCUCCGCAUCCACCAGGCGGAACUCACCAUCGGGGUUAUUCCGCUCCGGGGGUGGAGAAAGUGAGUCAAGAUGUGUUUGGAAAAGGAGAGAUUGCCAAGUUGAGAGAGGUGGGUGAUCUGUCUCUUAUCCCAGACGCCAAAGAAUCCUACGACAUCGGCAACCCCACCGACUCAACCCAACCCAACAUCUGGCCCCCCACCCCACCCUUCCCACUCCCUACCUUCCGUCCCAAGACCCUCACCCUCUUCCACUCCCUCCAAGACCUAACCCACCAAGUCCUCAACGCACUCUCCCUCUCCCUCUCCCUCCAAGACCCCACCUACCUCUCCACAACCCACAAAUCCUCCCUCUUCCAACUCCGCCUCCUCCACUACCCUCCCAUCCCCAUCUCAGACCUCCAGUCAGGAACCAAGAAACGCAUAACCCCCCACUCCGACUUUGGCACCUUGACUCUCCUCCUCCAGGACUCCGCCGGCGGUCUCGAAAUCCAGGACCCAAAGGAUCCCACGAAAUGGCGUCCUGCGAUCCCGAUCCCAGGCACCAUUCUGGUGAAUAUUGGAGACCUCAUGGCUAGAUGGUCGAAUGAUAGGUGGAAGUCGACUAUUCAUCGCGUUGGGGUUCCGGAUUCUGCUGGGAAGACGGCGGAGAAAGAAGGGGUCCUUCCGGGUAGAUAUAGCAUUCCCUUUUUCGCGACUGCGGAUCCGGACACGGUGAUUGAGGCGUUGCCAGGAUGUUGGGAUGAGGAAAAGAAUCCAAAGAAGUAUGAAGCUGUAACGGCGUGGGAGUAUGUGCAGAUGAGAAUGGCCGCUCUGUAUGAGUAAAGGCUGCGAGGGUUAAAUGCAUAAAAACUGCAAAGAUGAGGGAGUAUUGGGUUUUGACAAUGAUUUCAGUGGUUGAUGAGACAGAAUAUAGAACACAAAGGAAACGUGUUAGCUCUACCGGGUCCCAUUCGACCAACUCGAGGGAAUAUGUACAUUCAUCUAACGCUCCACCCAUGCGUUUUCUAUUGAUCAUCAAGAACGUGCAGGUACUUCUUCUCCUCCCUCCUCUCUUUUUCCGUCAUGGGCGGCAAAUCAUAGUAGGCUUCGCUGCGAUAACCCUUGAGAUAUUGGUAUGUGAGAGUGUUCAGCUCGACGGGCUCGAUCUCCAGGUCCCUAAACGUCUUCGC